CCAGAAGGAGCUGGAGAAACUUGUGUCUGAUGGACGUUUUUAUUUUUAAUAAGUUUUAGUUGCAGCUCAUGUCUGAGGAUCAAGAACCAGCCACAGAAUGAGUUCAGUUUGGUUUAUUUUACUCCUGUUUCUGCGGGCGGUGGAGCUGCGGCAGGUGCUCCCCGGUCCGGGGCCCCAGGAGUCGAGCCAGGGGCCCCAUCAGGUCCUCACCCAUCCAGGGCUCCGGGAGACGGCGGAGGAUGCAGGGACCCCCGGGCCCCGGGAGUCGACCCAGCGGUUGGAGGAUACAGGGUACCAGGGGCCCCACACUGGAAAAAUGCAUCAGGUCCUCUCCGGUCCCGGGUUCCGGGAGAUGGUUGAGGAUGCAGGGUACCAGGGGCCCCAUCAGUUCCUCCCCCAUCCAGGGCUCCGGGAGUCGCCCCAGCGGGCGGAGCAUGCUAAAACCUCAGGUCUCGGCCAGGUCCUCACCGGUCCCGGGCCCCAGGGGACGGCGGAGGAUGCAGGGACCCCGGGGCCCCAUCAGGACAUGGUUCCCCUUAAGCGGGUCCCCCGAGGGGCCAGAGACGGGGGUUUGAGGAGAAAAGACCAGCCUCCCCAGAACAGUUUGGGGCUCCCGCGGCGGAACGACGACCCGGACCGGUACUUCACGACCCCGCGGGGCCCCCAGGGCCCCCGGGGCCCCUCGGCCCCCCCCAGGAACUCCACUGGGGGCUCCGGGCUGCUGAACCCGCUGUUCCCCGUCACCGACGGCUCCUGCUGGGCCUACGCCGUCAUGCUGCUGGCGCUGCUGCUGUUCUCGGCCGGCGUGGUGGGGAACCUGGCGCUCAUGUGCAUCGUCUGGCACAGUUUCCACCUGAAGAGUUCCUGGAACUGCGUGCUGGCCGGCCUGGCCCUCUGGGACUUCCUGGUGCUCUUCUUCUGCCUCCCCGUCGUCGUCUUCCACGAGCUGACGCUCCGGCGGCUGCUGGGCGGCCUGUCCUGCCGCCUGGUGCCCUACCUGGAGGUGACGUCUCUCGGCGUGGCCACCUUCAGCCUCUGCGCCCUGAGCAUCGACCGUUUCCACGCGGCCACCGGCCCGACGCCCCACCAGAGCCCCAGGGUGGAGCCCUGCCAGUCCAUCCUGGCCAAGCUGUCCGUCAUCUGGCUGGGCUCGCUGGUGUUAGCGGCGCCGGAGCUGCUGCUGUGGCAGCUGCUGCAGGAAACCGUGGGGCUAACGCCGGCAGCGGCGCCACCCGCCGGCGCACUGAUGGCGGCGCUGCGGUCCCGGACCGACGGCUUCCAGGUGGACGUGUGCGUCCGCGAGCCGUGGGCGGAGCUUCCGGAGGGCGUGUACGCGCUGGUGCUAACCUACCACCAGGCCCGCACGUGGUGGAUCUUCGGCUGCUACAUAUGCCUGCCGCUGCUCUUCACGCUAGCCUGCGACCUGGUGACGCGGCAGGUGCUAGCGCAGCACCGAUCCGGAUCCUCCUCUUCCUCCUCCUCGACUUCAUCCUCUUCCUCCUCCCGGAAGCAGCAGAGGCUACGCUCCACCGUCAUGGCGCUAACCGCCCUCUACGUCGCCUGCAACCUGCCGCCGAGCGUCAUCAGCAUCGCGCUGGCGUACCUGCCGGCGGCGGCUGCGGCGCUGCCGGCUCCCGUCCUGCCGGCGCUGAACCUGGCGGAGCAGUUCCUGCUGUUCCUGCGCUGCUCGGCGACGCCGGUGCUGUUGCUGUGCCUGUGCCGCUCGCUGGGCCAGGCCUUCGUGGACUGCUGCUGCUGCUGCUGCGAGGACUGCCUCCCCGACUCGUCCUCCUCGGCCUCCUCGGCCUCCACCGCCGCCACCUCCGGCCUGUCCUCGCCCACCUCGCCCUCGCCGUCCUCCCUGUCUCCCUCCAGCAAGGACGAGGCCAUGAAGGUCCUGCUGCCGCCGGAGCCUUGCUACGACCGGGUGAAGGACUCUUCGGUAGCCAUGGGAACGCCCUGCUGAAGUCCAGGACCGUACAAGUAGCCACCGCUCUUAUUUUGGUAGUUUUAUACAACGUUUCUGUAGAAUAUUGAACCUUUUUAUCUCAGAGGGUCCCAACACAGGCGCGAGGUUUACGGCUCCGUCCGAUUUUCGUCCAGAACCUGAACCCCAGCUCUUUACAGUUUAGAGACGUUCCUUCACAGUAACAUGUCCAGAGAUGUUCCUUCACAGUAACAUGUCCAGAGAUGUUCCUUCAAAGUGACAUGUUUAGAGAUGUUCCUUCACAGUAACAUAUCCACAAAUGUUCCUUCACAGUAGCAUGUUUAGAGAUGUUCCUUCACAGUAACAUGUCUAGAGAUGUUCCUUCACAGUGACAUGUUUAGAGAUGUUCCUUCACAGUAACAAAUCCACAAAUGUUCCUUCACAGUAACAUAUCCACAAAUGUUCCUUCACAAUAACAUGUUUAGAGAUGUCCCUUCAAAGUGACAUGUUUAGAGAUGUUCCUUCACAAUAACAUAUCCACAAAUGUUCCUUCACAGAAGCAUGUCCAGAGAUGUCACUUCACGGUGACAUAUCCAGAGAUGUUCCUUGACAGUAACAUAUCCAGAGAUGUUCCUUCACAGUAACAUGCUUAGAGAUGUUCCUUCAAAGUAGCAUGUCCAGAGAUGUUCAUUCACAGUAACAUAUCCACAAAUGUUCCUUCACAGUAACAUGUCCAGAGAUGUUCCUUCACAGUAACAUGUCCAGAGAUGUUCCUCAGAAUCUGGACCCCAGAACCUGAACCUCUCGACCCGCUAACGACCACGUUAGCGUUGGGCAUCCAGAGUUACUCUGGCUGGUUCUGCUGAACGCAGCGACAGAAAACUGUGACACCUUCAUCGCUUCCUAGAAACAGUUGAAUGUUCUUUUUUUUUUUUUUCAACAUUAUCUUUAUUUGGUUUUCUAAAUCCUUCCAAUGAUACACAAAAAUUAGAGGAAACAUCAAGGGCAGCUGAAUUAUUGUCCAGCAUUGGAAUCAUAUUUCCUUACAAGUCAGGUAUUUAUGAGAUUAUCAUAAAACAACACUCAGUUUAGUUUUAUAAGAGAAAAGGAAAGAGAAAAAAGAAAGAAAGAAAAAAAUUAAUAAAUAAAACAAGAAAUUAACAACAAUCAAAACCAUUUUUUCAAGGGUUAGCCCAAAUUAUUUCAUUGUUGUGCAUAGUUCAGAAAUACAAACUCGAAUGUACAAUUAAUCACACAGAAUAAAGAAAUCAGGUUUCAAAAGAAAGGGAAUUAUUUUAGAAACACUGCAGAGGAUCACUAAUAGCUACACCUCGUCCGCCCCUCUCCCCAGACCGUGAAUGUUCUUUUUAAGUGAAACUAAAACCGAUUUCUUUAAAACAUGAAAAGCAAAAACAAAAGAGGUUUUAUUCUUUCCAAUUGCAGAGGGUAACCAAGUAGGCGGAGUCUGCGACAAGCCCCACCCCCUGGGUCCCGUCGCCCCGGCGACGGACCCGGCGGGAUCCACUGACUGAACUACUACCGCAUACCAUGUUUUCUGUUUUCUAACAACAAUAAAAACAUUGAUAAUGACGUCAAGCCUCGUAACGCUGACCUGGACCUCCGCUAAGAGAAACCAGCACUAACUCAGAACAAGUUUCAGGGACACGGCUGCUUUAACAAAAAGCUUAACAGUAAACAAAACUAUUUUUCAGACUUUACUAACGAGGCUCCUUCGUUUGUACGGAAGCGUAUUGCAUUCACUUGAGAAAAAAAAAAUCGGCUCUGUUUUUCUGAAUUAACGAGAUAAUUAUCUCAGAAGUUUGAGAGAAGUUUAAUGAAAAAAAAAAAAUGCUUUCCGUCUGAACAACCGCAAAGUCCUGAGGUGCCUGCGCAAAGUCGACGCACUAAUAACAAUAUCAUCUAUAUAACUUAAAAAGAAGAGUAUCUCCCAGUGUUUCAAACCAAAAGCAACUUAAAACUGGAUUAAACUGGACAGGCUGAACAUGUUUGCUUCCAUGAAAUCCAGCUCUCAAGUGAAUGAAGCUUCUUGCAAAUUGUGAGGUGGUUAAUUCAGAAAAACAGAGCAGAUUUUUUUUUUCAUUAAAACUUUUCUCGAAAUUCUAAGAUUAUUAUCUCGUUAAUUCAGAAAAACAGCAGAUUUUUUUUUUCUCAAGUGAAUGCAAUACGCUUCUGUACGUUUGGCCUCUAAGGGAAAAAGAAAAGUUCCUGGGAACAUUAAAGAUCAUCUCUGUGAAGAUCAUCGUUAAAAUGUUAAAAGAUCGUUAAAAGUCUGUCCUGCCAAUUUUGGUUUUACCAGAAAACACAUUUGGUUUUAAGAUCUACAAUCAUGCACAUGCAGCAUUUCUUUUCUGUUUUAUUUUAACUUUCAACAGUAAGACUGUUAAGCAUAAAAAACAGUUUCAGGGUUUUCUGUUUCUGUCUUUUUGUGCCAUGAUGAGUUUAAAAACUUGAGAAAGAAAAUCGGAUUUCUCAGCGCUAACUAUGAUGCAUUCACUGAGUGAAAAAAAAUAUAUAAUUUCUCAACAUCUGGCUUAUUAAAACUAAUUAGGGGGAAACAAUGCAGGCAAAAUAACCAGAAUAAAACGGUCCGUAGUUUUGUGUAGAACCUCUGUAGAACUUUUCAGACUCGAUUUUCAAAUUUUAUACUUAAUGUUCUUUUUAGAAGGAUGUAGACAGAUUUAAUUCUGUUACUGUAGGAUUUGUUGUUUUCAGUUUUUUACAGUAAAGUUUACUUGUUUUACUGUUUCAUAAUUGUCUAAUACUUAUUCAGGAUGUUCUGACUGCAUGUUCUAAGUACUGUAUGAAAGAGAAACGUUGUCGGGAUGAUGGACGCAAACCACAUGAGACUUUCUACAUCAGCCGACUGAUGUCCAUGAACUCUUUUUUAGGAUUUUACUGCUGCUUUUAUCCUUUUAUUUUUUACAUGUUUUAUUACUGUUUUAAUAAAAUGUGAACUCUGAGUCUGAGUUUUAAU